GUACAAACAGCUGCCACGACUUAGCUUUUCUCCCACGCCACGGAUUCAUUUUUCUUCUCAUUUCAAUUUCUCCAUGCAAAAAUACUAGUAUUAUUUUAUUACUAAUUAAAAGUCAAUUUUUCCACCUCCAAGAAUCGCACAAAACCCCUAGAAAUUUCCAUCAAUUUUAAUACGAAAAAAGAAAAUUAGUUCAGCCCCAAAAGAUACCCAAAUUUCCGCCUCCAGAAUCACAGAAAACAUUAGGAAUUUAAAUUGAUUCCUAUACAAAGACAAAAAGCUGUUCAACCAAAAGCUACAAUUUUUCAAUUGAAAAAUUGAUGGUUGGAUCAUCAUCAACAAAACAGGGGUUGCCAUCAUGGAUAGGGGCAGCCACUGCAACAAGAACCACCACCGUUGAAUUCGACAAAAACGUGGCCGUUUCUGGUGGCGACACGUCAUCAACUGAGCCUCCUUCACAUUCCAACCACUUUACCGAUGUGAAUUUGGGUUUUGGAGAGAGGGCUAUUUCCGCCGCCGGCGCUGCUGUUCUCUCCGCUAUCCUCGUCAACCCCCUUGAUGUUGCCAAGACAAGGUUGCAAGCUCAGGCUGCUGGUGUCCCUUAUGACAGCCUGUGUAGUUUGGGACAUGUUCAUGCAAAUACAGUGCUGACAGGUGUGAAGAACAACUCUGCAGGGACGCGUGCUGUUCUUGGUGCUGAACCAACAUGUACCCCAGAUUGUUUCAGAUAUAAAGGAACACUUGAUGUCUUUUUUAAAGUAAUACGUGAGGAAGGAUUUACCAGAUUGUGGAGAGGCACUAAUGCAAGUCUAACAUUGGCAAUCCCUUCUGUGGGGAUAUAUUUGCCUCUUUAUGACAUUUUCCGCAACUGUAUGGAAGAUUAUACAUUACGUAAUCUACCAAUUGCUACACCAUAUGUCCCCUUGGUAGCAGGAUCCUUAGCACGUUCCAUUGCUUGCAUCACUCUCUAUCCAGUUGAGCUUGCAAGGACACGUAUGCAGGCGUUCAAAGACACAAAAAACGGUGUGAAGCCCCCAGGAGUGUGGAAGACGUUAGUUGGGGUCGUUUCUCCAGUCAAUAGUGCAAACAGCUAUCAUCAAAAUUCAAUGCAAGCCUACCGCCUCCUCUGGACUGGUCUAGGGGCACAACUAGCUCGUGAUGUUCCUUUCUCUGCAAUUUGCUGGUCUACUCUUGAGCCAGUUAGGAGGAAGCUACUAGGCCUGGUGGGAGAUGAAGCAAGUGCAACUACUGUCCUUGGUGCAAAUUUCUCUGCUGGAUUUGUUGCAGGAAGUCUUGCAGCUGCUGCAACGUGUCCUUUAGAUGUGGCAAGAACUAGAAGACAUAUAGAGAAUGAUCCUGAACGAGCACUGAGAAUGACCACGAGACAAACGUUAGUUGAGAUAUGGAGGGAUGGGGGAUUUAAGGGGUUGUUCACUGGAGUUGGUCCCCGAGUUGCUCGAGCUGGUCCUUCAGUUGGGAUCGUUGUUUCCUUCUACGAGGUGGUAAAAUAUGGUUUGCGCCAUAGGCAUAUGCAUCGGCAGAGUGAAGGUGCUGAUUUAUAGCAUUGUGAUCUAGCUUCCAAGCCAAUGAGGCAAAUGAUAUUAGCAGAACUUGUACCAAUAAGACAGGCUGAAGAGCUAAAGGUUGAUAUUCGAUCAAGUGUAAUAUACUGAAGACCUGACUGUUUCAGCGAUUUGGCUCAUCACAGGGUAAUUCCUUCUAGCCAAUUUUGCCUGUGAGGCUUGAAGGUUGAUUUAUUCAAGCAAGCUUAGAAGUUUCUCCAGUGGUGGAGCUGUAUGUUUGGUUCAUAAUAGGCAGCCAUUUAUGCCUUGUUACUUUGUAAAUUCAUAAUCCUUCUCCCACAGUACUUCGUACAUACAGAUUAAUAAGAGAAAAACAAUUGUACCAUUGUGUAUUUCAGAAACUUUGUACAAGUAAACCAAAGAAACUAGACUGAUUUGUUGCGUGGACAUAACGAUAUAGUAGUAGUAGUUAUUGUAGGAAACUUCCUGGAGGGAACCAAAGGAGAAUGCACUUGAAAUUGCUUGCAAUUGGUGGUGGGUUACACGAGUGCACAAAAUGGGAGUUGUAAUACGUAACUACAAUUCAAUAAUUAAGUGAAAAGUGUUCAAGAAGUACCAUUGGUGAUAAAAUGUAAGUAUACGCCUUGGAGGCAUUCGAUGGCAAAAUAUUAUGGGAAGAAAGGGCAAUUUUCGACUAAGUUUUUCUGAAUUGGAAGGGCAGGAGAUAUACCUGAAAUAAGAUAAUAGUGUUCUUUCUAUUUUUUUCACGAGAUUCUUUUCUUCGUACAAAUGCUCUUAGGUGAAAGAGACUAGACUUUACUCUAGUGCAUCAGCCAGCGUAUUCAUAUUAGUUUUGUUGAUAACAUAUAAGUUUUACUUUUAAAGAGCGCUAGCACUUGACUAAUAAAAUAUUCAAAAAAAGUAAUUAGCUUCU